AACACAAAACAUAACCCCAAUUUUUUAGGUUAACUAAAAACACGAAUGUCAACAAAACUUUAUUUCUCACAAAAACCGCCACAAUGGAUCUCAACGAGGCCCGCAAAAACCUCGAAGCCUGCCUCAGCGAAGACCUCCGCAAGCAGUACUUCGACAUCCUCCGCCAGUGGUUCUCCUUCAAGUCCCCCAUAACCCGCAAAGAGUUCGACACCGAGGUCCGCAAACUCCUAGUCAACGAGGACCAAAUCCGCUGCCACAACUACUUCGUCCUCGCCCUCCUGUCCAAACGCACCAGCAGCCGCGUCAAGAGCACCAGGAACACCUCGGACAAGGGGGCCUUCGAGUGCGCCGAGUACUCCGACUACAUCCAGCCGUCGAGCCCCACCAUGUUGCCCCCGGCGGAGUACGAAAACCGCAGCGCCGCGGCCGAGUUGUUCAUGCCGGAUUCUGGGUUCGUGGCAACGAGGAUAGCUGUGACGAGCUGGGAGAACGGGCUGGAUGGGGCCGAGGAGAGCGUGACGGAGGUGAUGGUGCACGCGUGUCAGGUCUUCGUGAAGAAUAUUCUCAUGGCGAUGAUUUCUAAGUUGAAGGGGUACAAAGUGAGGGAUGGGAAGUUUCAGUAUGGGUUUAAUUUGCCGGUACCUGAUCCGUUUAUCCGGAACUAUCACAAUGUGAUUGACGAGAGUCAGGAGAGUAAAAUUGAAGUGGUGGAUGGGGAAGACACUUUCAUUCCGAGGAGUAAACCGUCGCUGGAGAAUGCUGAACAGCAGGCGGCUUUCGCGUAUUCUUGUUCAAAGAGGAGGAAGUGCGAUAAUGUUUUGACUGUGAAAUUAUUAUAUGAGACACUAAGAGACAAUCCGCAGAUUUUGGGGCUGCAUGAGAUGUAUAGUGUUAAUUUAUUUAAGCUUAGUUUACAAGUAGAUGAAUAAGCGAUAAAAGUAACACUACGAAUAAAAUUGUAUAUAUUUUUUUCAAUAAAUUUUAUACCAGAAAAA